AUGCCCAAAGCCCAAGUGACCAAAAGAAAGAACGAUGCCCAGUGGCACCGUCUCAAAAUCGGAAAUGACGAGGAUCAAUCUUACCGAGAUGCCGUGACCCAAGUUCUGAUGGGGAUAAACGACAACCUCAGCGUCGAUGGUCUCAAUCUUCGACUGAGAGAAGCUCGUGAAGAAGUCACCAAUGCCAUUCAUGAGCAGAUUGACAAAAUGCCACAUGAUAUUACGCGUCUACAUCGGCCUACUGCUGUUAAAAAUUUAUAUGAGAUUUUCAAAGAUCAGCGUGCUACAUGGCCAGUGGUUAAACAGAGUCGGCAUGAUGAAGAGAAAUCUGAAGCUGCGGACAAAAGGAACAAUGCCCAGUGGCGUCGCCUCAAAAUCGGAGGUCAUGAAAACCAACUUUACCGAGCUGCCGUGACAAACAUACUGAUGGGUAUAAACGACGAUCUAAGUGUCGACGGUCUGGACCUUGAAUCGAGAGAGGGUCGUGAGGAUGUCAACAAUGCUAUCAACGAGGAGAUAGAGAGAAUGCCACAUGGUAUUCCGGACCUCAAUCGGCGUACUGCUUUGAAGAACUUGUAUGAGAUCUUCAGGGAUCAGCAUACAACAUGGCCGGUGGCUGAGCGGGCACAGUUGCUCCUGGACGGCGAGGAUGAGACUUCCGAGGACGAGGAGGAGGGAGAAGAAGUUUCCUCUUCAGCCUCGUCUGUAGAAAGCUCAGACUCGGACUCGAACUUCGACUACCAAUCCGAACUCGUCCUAUACAACGCCCCAGUAAACAUCAUCAAAGCAGCCAACGGACCCUCCGGCACAAGCUGGAAAGUGAAUCUAUCAACAUUCCUUGAGCGCCCCGAUCUCGCGCGCCAACAAAGCCCGAACCAAAAAUGGAUCAAUGUCCAAUUCGUCCGAUUUCCUUACAUUGAAAAAGCGCUUCAUCAAAUGAACCUGCUCGAUGCACCCGGUAGCAGUCUCUGGUGGAGCUGGCAUGAGCCAGAAGAAAUAGAUCUGGGUUCAACAAAGGGACAGAUUCGGAUCAGUAAUGGUUGGGAUUUGGCUAGGGCUAUUUGGAGAAGUUUUGAAGGGCAUUUUGAGGAUUUUAGGGGUCCUAGACCUGAUGAUUCAGUUGAUGAGCUUCCUCGGGAGCAUGAUCUUCCUUCUUUUACGCUGGUUAUCCGCGAAAACGCUCCCGAUUUUGGAGUUCCGUUGGGAGAUGUCCCUGAGCUUGAGGGGUUGUCGUUUGGUGAUGAUGUAGAUGAGGGUGCUAAUCAUAUUAAAGCUCGUUCGGGCCGGAAGCUUGCGAGUGAAGAGGAUUAUUCGGAUCUUGCGAAGCUGAUUAGUUCUAGUGAGAGGACCACUGCUGAGAAACGUCCUCGGGAUGAUGAGUCUGAUGAAAAUCAGUCUAGUGGGAAGAGAAGGCAGAUGUCGGCGCCUUGGGAACUUUAG